UGAUCUUCCGAUCACGACAGGGUGGAUGGGCUCAAUGAUAAAGUUGGUGUUACCUCUUUCAAACACACAUGCUAAUCAAGAACGGGCACUGAUACUUUUCUAAAAGCACACAGAGUUUUAAUACUACGGAAACCUGAAUGGAAUAUUGGUUCGUUCGUGGUGGUUUUAAUGGUUUUGAAAAAUAAAUAAUUUUGCCUCCGUCCCGCAGCCAACAGUUACAAGGCAGCCAGGAUACACUGCCAUCGAGGAUUGUCCUACACACACCCUCCUCCUUCCUCCUCCUUUGUGUGUGUGUGUGUGUGUGUAUGUGAGAGAAAGAGAGAGAAAGACAGAGAGAGAGAGAGAGAGAGAGAGAGAGUGUGAUUCCUGGAGAGAGGAUGAGGGCCACAGUGCUCCUACUUCUGCUUCUGGCAAGUUCGUGUGCUGGGGGUUCACGCUUUGCUCGUGACACGACGCAAGAUGACACUGACCAAGAGCCCGGCAACAGUGCACAGUCCAGCUCGGCCGUCGUCAUGGGCAACGGCUCCAGCCCCGCCGCGGCGGACCGGCCCAUGAUGCCGCAUCCGCCCAUGUGCGUGAAGCAAACUGAAAUCAAACACGCGUUCAAGUACGUCAACACGGUGGUGUCCUGCAUCAUCUUUGUGGUGGGGAUCAUUGGGAACUCCACCCUGCUGCGGAUCAUCUACAAAAACAAGUGCAUGAGGAAUGGGCCCAAUGUGCUCAUUGGCUCCCUGGCCUUGGGGGACCUCCUCUACAUCCUCAUCGCCAUCCCCAUCAAUGUUUUUAAGUUGCUGGCUGAGGACUGGCCGUUCGGCGUGUACAUCUGUAAACUGAUGCCCUUCAUUCAAAAAGCCUCAGUAGGAAUCACCGUUCUCAGCCUGUGUGCCCUGAGUAUAGACAGGUACCACGCGGUGACGUCCUGGAGCCGGGUGAAGGGCAUGGGGGUGCCACUAUGGAAGGCGGUGCAGGUGACGCUAAUCUGGUUGGUGGCGGUGGCACUGGCGGUACCAGAGGCGAUGGCCUUCGACAUGAUGGAGAUCUCUUACCGGGGGAGCAAACUGCGUGUGUGCCUGUUUCCCCCCCACCAAACAGCACCGUUCAUGAAGUUCUACCAGGAUGUGAAGGACUGGUGGCUGUUCGGCUUCUACUUCUGCCUUCCUCUGCUAUGCACAGGCAUCUUCUACACCCUCAUGACCUGUGAGAUGCUACGACGUAAGAAGGGAAUGCGCAUCGCUCUGAACGACCACAUGAAACAGCGACGUGAGGUGGCUAAAACCGUGUUUUGCCUGGUGGUGAUCUUUGCCCUCUGCUGGUUGCCGCUCCACCUUAGUCGCAUCCUAAAGAAGACCAUCUACGACCAGUCUGACCCAAACCGCUGUGAACUGCUUAGCUUCUUGUUGGUGUUGGACUACAUCGGCAUCAAUAUGGCCUCCCUUAACUCCUGUAUCAAUCCUGUGGCGCUCUACUUUGUCAGCCAGAAGUUUAAAAACUGCUUCAAGUCAUGUCUGUGCUGCUGGUGCCAAAGGAAGUCCAGGAAUAUCUCUCCGACAGACGAGCGAGGAUCUGGGGUGCGCUGGAAAGGCUCUUGCCAUGGCAACGGCCUGGACCGAACCAGCUCACGGUCAAGCCAAAAGUACAGCUCCACCUAAGGCCAAAGAGUUGGGAGACAAGUGGAAGGACAAGUCCGGUUACAGUUCUUGUCAACCAUGCCUACCAAUGUUCAGAGUCACUGCACAGACUGAUAAGAGUGACCCUGAGUUACUAUUACUCCUUCCUUAAUACCCGGAAAUUAAGCUGAAGUUCCGCCUAGGAGAGAUACCCUCACAAGUAGGCAGAGGAAAGUCCUGGAUCAACCAGAGAAGAAACUAAACAGGUUAAGUCCUGCUGGUCUGGCUGUUCGUCACUGAAAUGGAGGGAGUGUUUAUCCAUGUAGAAAAGAAAAAAAAGAAAAAUAUUAUAUAUUAAACCACAAAUAUGUAUAUUUUUUAAUCAUGUGGACUUUUUGAUUAACUUUACGUUUAUUUUUGUUUCUGUGGCACCCUGGGCUGUGCUCUCUGGAUGUUCACUAUCCUGGUUAAAUGAUUUAAAGGGGGCAGAGCAGUCGAAGAAGAUCAAAAACGCUGAAAAACAUCCUAUCGGGGCGGGGCAAAAAGAAGCUUAUGUGGGCCUAACUGUGGAACACAUUGAAAUCAAAUCAGGGAGGGGUGGGUGGGUAAAACCUGUGUGGGACAAGGUGUUAUUUAAUGAUGCAUAUAUACUAUGUACUUGUAUGUACUUGUAAAAUUAUUAUUAUUAUUAUUAUUAUCUGUAGAGACAGCUGGUAUAUCUUCUUUGUAGUGAGUCAACUUGAAAAGGAACACCUUCUGUUUCCAUGUAACGUUCAUGAUUUUGUGAUGCAUCUGAUGUAUCUGUCUAAUGAUAAGGAAUAACCUGUAUGACUCAGGUCUUAAGUAGAAAGACUUUCUCUCGACAAACACAACUUUUGCCAUUCCCUGAUUUACGUAGGAAAUGGCAGACGUGAGAAGAGCCUGUUACACCAAAACUGAGAAAAUGAGAAAAAUGUAAGCAUGUAAAGACUGUGCAAAGUGAACAUUUGUAAACUACUUCAAAAUAUUUUCCUAAAGAAUUCUUAUAUUGUCUUCUUUGUUUUCCAUCUUAAUCUGAUCAAGUUAUUUCCGAUAUUAACAGUUAAAGUAGCGUUUCUACUGAGUAUUGAAUUUGUUGACUAAUAUACUGUAUGGCAAUAAAUACUAUUUUAUCACA